AAUGGUGAAUCGAACAGCGAAAAAUGUCUGAAACGAACUUGUACGGGUUCGAAACUCUGUGGAAGCUGGUGGGAAGCUCCGUAGAGUCGAAAUCUGAAGUGCUAAUCGUUUUUCUGCACUGGUUCCUGACGAGGCAUGGAUUUCUCUGCGUUGGAGUAGGAGACGACAAAACGUUGAAUGAUGACGACGAAAAAAGUGAGCUUCUGCCGGAACGCUGGAACUGCGAUCGCAAGGCGUACGCGUUGCGCUACGUUUUCGAAGGAAAUCUGUACAUUCUGUUCGGCAAUGUCUCGGACGAGACGAUGGUAGUCAAUCUGCUGUCGGCCAAGGACCAACAAGUAUCGGUCGUGGCGUUCGAACUGAACAGCACGAUCCUCUCAUUUCGUGGCGACAGACUGUCGGCGUUGGUUGCAAAUGUCGGCAAACAGCUGGUCCGCUUGAAAGACGACAUGAUUCAGACGGUGGUAACCGGUGUGGGAAAAGAUGGUCAAACACAAACGGAUCUAACGGAAAAGCGACUACAGGAGUUCGAAAAAUAUAGAGGUAGAGCACUUACGGAUGAAUAUCCGGCGUCUAUGCCAUCCAGGGCUAUGGGAAUCCAAAUAGGCUCAUCGGAUCUCAAUCCGCUGGCAAUGCCAGGCAGUGGCAUGCUGAUGGAACCGCCGCGUAAUCCUCUCAACGAUAGGUUUCGUGGACGCGGACCUCGUUUUGAUCCGUUCGGGCCGAAUCCGAUGAGAAACUUUGGACCCGAUCCGGAUCACAUGGCACCACCGGGGCGCUAUGAUGAUGAUAUGUUUAUGUAAAUUUGUGACGCGAAAUCAUAGUUUUGGUUUCUUAAUUUCUUCAAAUACAUGAGAUUAACGCCACGA